AUGGGACUUAACAGUCAGAGGAUUAUGAAAAUAAUCUCCAUCCUUUCUGUGGGUAUAACCAUGUCUGUUAUCAUGCUGAACUAUCCGGGACAAAGGACAAAUUGCCCCCAUAAGGAAGAGUUGGUCUUCAAUAACUUACUAAAGCAAGAUCUUGGAGAACUACAAGCUUGUUCUGCUAUUAUCCAAGGAGACAUGGAUGGAGUGGACAAGGAGGCUUUCAGGAAGCUCCUGGCCUCUAGAAAAACAAAAUCCCUGCUAUCAGAGUCAUUCUAUCUCAACGCCACCAAGGAUUGUCCAUCCUACAUCAGAGAUAGAGGGUUUCUGACUGUUUCUCUCAGUAAAGAGGAGAAAGAUUUCCCCAUUGCUUACUCCAUGGUGAUCCAUGAGAAAAUUGAGAUGUUUGAAAGGCUCCUGAGAGCCAUUUACACUCCUCACAAUGUGUACUGUGUUCACGUGGACCAGAAGUCUCCUGAGAGCUUUAAACAAGCAGUAAGAGCCAUUGCGUCCUGCCUGACCAACGUGUUUGUGGCCAGCAAACUGGAGAGUGUGAUUUAUGCCUCCUGGUCUCGAGUUCAAGCGGACAUCAACUGCAUGCAGGAUCUGCUCAAGUCACCUGUCCAGUGGAAGUAUCUGCUCAACACAUGUGGCACUGAUUUCCCCAUUAAAACCAAUGCAGAAAUGGUUCAGUCUCUUAAACACCUGAAUGGAAAGAACAGUUUGGAGUCCGAGGACGUAAAGGCCAAACAUUGGCGCUGGCAGUUUCAUCACAAUGUUACGAACGUUGUGACUCGGACAGAUGUCAAAAAGUCGCCUCCACCAAUACAGAGCCCUAUGUUCUCAGGAAAUGCUUACUUUGUGGUUUCAAGAGAGUUUGUGGAGCACAUCUUCAAAAGCAAAGAGAUUCAAAACUUCAUGGAAUGGGAGAAAGACACGUACAGUCCAGAUGAGCACAUGUGGGCUACGUUACAGCGGAUGCCUUCAGUACCAGGAUCUAAUCCUUCAAACAUCAAGUACCAACAAUCGGACAUGAACGCGAUUGCUCGUCUGGUGAAGUGGAGCUACCAUGAAGGAGAUCUAAAGAGUGGAGCUCCCUACCCGCCAUGCACUGGGACGCACAGACGGGCAGUGUGUGUCUAUGGAGCUGGGGACUUGAAAUGGAUUGUGCAGCAACACCAUCUUUUGGCAAACAAGUUUGAUCCAGAAGUAGAUGAUAUUGCAAUCAAAUGUAUGGAGGCUUUUUUAAGGUACAAAGCUAUUUAUGGUCGAUCGUUACUAACAGUUCAAAAAUCGGACAUUGUUUUAUGA